UGCCGCGGGGCGGGCCAGCUGGGGCGUCACGCACCAGGAAGUGACUCGCCCCUGUGACCUCCCGCCCCCAGCGCUGUGGCUGACCUUUUGGUUCGGAGGCUUUAGUUGGCCCCGAAGGAAGGAGUAGUGGAUGAAAGAAGAGGAAUGUCAGAGGAAUGACUGACCUGCUAGAAGCCAUCUAGCUAACAUGGUCUUAUUUAGCCCCAGAUGACCUGAAAGUUGCUAUGCAGAUCAGACUGGCUACAGACUCACAGAGAUCUGACUGUCUCUGUCUCCCAAGUGCUGGAGUUCAAGGCGUCAAGAGAAGAGUCAUAAUGCACAACCCAAGAGUAUUCCUUUCCAGAGUGGGUUUCUUCUCCAAACCAGGACUGCUUCCUUGGUAUGCUGCAAACGCACCAGAUUUGUCACAGUUCUUUUUGGGCAGAGCACAUAAGGGAAAUUUCACCAGUGUGAUAAUUAAGAAGCACCCAAGCCGACAAAACCAUCAGAAGAAACAAAGGCAUUUCAGAUCACUAGAUGACUCCUGGCAGGAGAGGCUGGCUGAUGCUGUGACUCCGCUCUGGAGGCUGAGCUAUGAAGAACAGCUCAAGGUGAAAUUUGAAGCUCAGAAGACAAUUUUACAAAGACUAGAGUCUUACCUGCAGUUCCUCCAUGGAGUCCAUGGAACAGCGGCCUCACCUCAUUCGGAGGGGCUGCAUUGUCGCCUCCAUCCUAUUAUACCUUCUCCCAUCAUCAAUGGCUACCGAAAUAAGUCCACCUUCUCUGUGAACCGGGGCCUGGACGGCAACCCAAAGACUGUGGGGUACUACCUAGGAACUUGGAGAGAUGGGAAUAUCGUCUGUGUACCUUGUAACCAUCUGAAAAACAUCCCAGAGAAACACAGUCAAGUGGCUCAGGUAAAAAUGAACAAGGGCUAGUGGAAGAUGACCUGG